AUGAAGGUGUAUUGGUUGCUAGUGGCUUUAUUCUUUGAAUUUCCGCUUAGCGAGAGUUUAAAAGCUGGAGAUCCGAAUGUUUGCGAAUCCGAUGUGGACGGCUUAAUAUGCUGCGAGGGUUUUGGAUACGACAGACGCAGUAGAUCAUGCCGCGCAAAAUGCCAACGUGGGUGCAAAAACGGUGUGUGUGUUACCAGAAAUAACUGUGUGUGCACACCACCCCUUGUUCUCAUAAAUGGUAAUGAAUGUGUGCUACCUAUAUGCGAAAGACCUUGCAAGAACGGAAUAUGCACGGGAAGGAACAGCUGCACCUGUCACGAAGGAUACGGUCCUAUCGACAAAUUUACUUGUGAACCAGAGUGUGACCCUCCAUGCCUUCACGGUACAUGCAUGUCGCCUGGAAGAUGCUCCUGCUCUUCAGGAUACACCUUGACUAAUGGAACCUGUGAACCCGUCUGCAACGCCUGCAAUAACGGUGUAUGUAUCGCACCAGGAACUUGCAAAUGUAAUAAAGGAUAUACGAAAGAAAACGGCUCGUGUGUUCCUGAAUGUGAACGACCAUGUGUCAACGGGGUUUGCUCCGAGCCAGAUAAGUGUUCGUGCAAUUAUGGCUAUGAGAAUGAUCCAGCAGAUCGCUAUAAAUGCCGUCCUGUUUGCGCAAUACCAUGCGUCAAUGCUUCCUGUACAGGCCCCGAUACGUGUUCAUGUCUGCCUGAUUACGUUAAGCUGAACAAAACUAUAUGCGUGCCAAAAUGUGACAAUUGCAUUGGCGGCUAUUGCGUUGAACCAAACAAAUGUAAAUGUAGGAACGGUUUUGCUUUAGAUAAUGGGAAAUGUGUACCAAAAUGCGAAGACUGUACACACGGUGUAUGCACAGAGCCAGGAAUCUGCAAGUGUAAUAAAGGAUAUACGAAGGAAAACGGUGUAUGCAUCCCAGAAUGUAAGCGAAGUUGUGUCAACGGAAAUUGCUCUGAGCCAGAUAAGUGUUCUUGCAAUUUUGGUUAUGAGCGCGAUCCUACAGUUCGUUAUAUCUGCCAUCCAAAGUGUGGAGACUGUACGCAUGGUAUAUGCGUUGAACCGGAAAAUUGUGUUUGCGAAAAAGGGUAUGAACGAAAAAAUGGUUCGUGUAUACCAAUAUGUUCGACUGCCUGUGUCAACGGAUAUUGUGAUGCUCCCGAUAGAUGCAAAUGCAAUCCAGGUUUUCGCCCAAAAGAUUCCGUAUAUUGCGAAGAAGAUUGUGGCAACUGUGAAAACGGAAGAUGCGUGGAGGGUGGCAUUUGUUUUUGCAACGACAAUUACACUAUGGUCGAUGGUAUUUGUACACCAAAAUGUUCGGUCCCCUGUGUCAACGCUGAAUGCAUUGCCCCCAAUACGUGUAAGUGCUAUGAUGGAUAUACAAGAAAUCAAACGAUGCCAACCAGCUGCUUUAAGAAGUGCGCUUGCGAUAAUGGAAAUUGUAUCAACAAUGUCUGCAUUUGUCACGCAGGAUUCGAGAUGUUAGAUGACAUCUGUACUGAGAUUAAACCCACUGAUUGCAGUACGUGUGAAGGCAACUGCAGCAGUGGACUCUGCUGGUGCAAGAGUGGCCAGCCUUGUUAUAUGGUGGAGGAACCUGGUGAAGUUGGAUCCGCUGAACCGAAAUUAGCAGGUUUGGAUUUUAGCUGGGUGCUGGGUGGCGUAGGUCUGGCACUUCUCACCUUAGUGAUUAUCGUGAUGGGCCACUUAUAUCGAAAACGAGAUUAUGUCGUUAAAAAUACGGAGUCAGGAGGUAAUGAAAUUGGCAGCGUGGUAUAUACAGUCCCGGACACAUUAUUGCAGAAAAGACCCGGAAGCAUUGUCAACGUUUACGGCGAUUUUGACGAAAAUUACGAAGACGAACAAGAAUCGAAUGCGAACGAUCCACUCCGCCCCUCUCUUGCUGAUGAUAAAUUAUAG